AUGGCCACGUCUUCUGAUUCUUUUGACUCAGAGGAUGAAUUAGACAAUGAAAUGUGCAUCGGUGGUUAUAGAGGAGACAUUGUUGGAAUCCGCUACUAUCGUGGUACAGUGAACAACAACGAAAUGGUUUCACUUGUGCGCGAACCGCGCAACCCCUAUGACAGAAAUGCUGUCCGAGUUAACAAUGUCUAUGGCAUACAAGUAGGGCAUAUAAAGAAAGAGUUAGCUCUAGCUCUGGCUGAUGUGAUUGAUAGCAAAUUGGUCAGAGUAGAAGGGUGAGUUUGCACUGUGAUCCACAGUACACAAAAUUUGACGCAUCACUUAACGUCUGCAGUGCGUUUAUGUUGGUGUCCACGCCACACUGUUCAAAUGCCUUGUUUACAACUGAUGCAUAUUCGUGUAGCUUUACUCGGCGAUAUCAAACCCUUUUUUUUGUAGGUGUUGUAUGGAUAUUGUGAGGAUCUUGCUGAGAUCCGCUCUGGGAAAUAAAUUUUUUCAAAGCGAGACAAAAUUAAUUUUGUGAUCGUAUGUGUAGCUCAUAUUUAUAUGAAAAGCUGGGUAAAAUUUCCGCACAGCCCCAUACUACAAUAUGUAUUCAGUUCUUGGAUAGAGAAAACAAUGACAAAAACAAUACAUUGCCAUGGGAAAACAGAUUUGUUUUACAAUAGUAUGGGGCUGUGCGGAAAUUUUACUGAGAAGCUGAUUACACGUGCAUUUUGAUUGGUUCUCUCUAACCCUCUACACCCUAACAUCAGUGUGCAUAUUCUCCAUACUGUUCUUUAUACAUUUCCAAAGGUCUUAAUAAAGAGAAUAUGUGUAAAAAUCAACAGCUUUUUUUAGUUGAUGAUUAUUUUUGUUAUACUCAUGACCUUGAUGUGUGAUACCGGAGGUGCUAUUGUUUGGGGAAAUUAGAUGCUUGUCACUGUUGGAGGUCAAGGGGGGCAUAAGUGAGGUCACUAUUGACACUUUUUUGCCUUUUCAUCAAGAAAAAUGGACAGAUUCCAUCUGUGCAGUUUUAGAUUACAGAAAAUGUCAAAAAUUGGUAAGAACAUCAAUGACACACUCAGCUGUGCCUGGUGUACCACUUUGUUGUUCUUGCUGCAUUUUGAUGUCAUCUGUGAUCUGUUAGUAUGCAGGGAAACAUGAAAUCUAUUUUUUGGUUAGAUCCCUUCUUGGUUAUAAAGGCUUGAAUAUUUGUAAGCUUUCUUACAAAUAGUUUUAAUUUUUGCUGCCAACAGUUGUACAUAUAUGAUUUUAAAGUUAACUGAUUUUUGAUCCCUAAAAACUCCCUAAUUUGCCAGUGUUGUUCCCUUUGGAAAAAACAACAUUUAUACUAUGCCUUGUGACAUUGCAUUUUGGGGGAAACCAGAAAAUGAGCAAGAGGUUAUCCAGAGAAUGCGUCAGCAUGGGUACAUUUUGAAGACAUGUAGAGAGCCAGUACCACAGAGAGGUGGAGUCCCUAGACUUGACCUUCACUCAUGGAUAGGAACUGGUAGACCUCCUUCUAUGAGAAUCUCCCAGGAUCAGGUGACAAAUAUCUUAAUAAACUUUUAACAAUCCUGUGAUUGCUUUUGCAAUUUUUCUCUUGAUUGAGAUUAUGAUUUUGAACACAAGAGAAAAGAUAUUAAGUAAUAUCAAACUGGUUUUAAAAAAUCCAGACAAAGAAAAAAAGAUUGAAUUGUAACAUAUGAAUCAUUCAGUGCUAUUGCUUCUGCUCUUCAACAAGUACAGGGACCCUCUUGUUUUUGUUUAAACAUUUUAAGUAAGCUCUUUUCAGUUGAAAAAAGAGUAGAACAGUAUAAAGCUCAGGUGUCAAGGGCAACCAACUUUUGUCUUUGGGUGACUAAUAGAAUUUUGCUAAUAUGAAAGCUUUUAAGAGCUUGGCACUCCCAAUAUCUGAGACCAUAGUCUUGACACAUUCUGAGGUUGCUACAUUUGACAACAGAGGCAAAUUACAGAUUCAUUUUCAGAGAAAUGACCUUCAACAGAAAAAUUUCAUGUCAAGCUAACUUUAUAAAUGGACCAAAGUUUUCAAGUUCAUAUACAAUUAUAUCAUUCCUUUACUUGCCUUUGUAUUAGUAUUUUAGAUGUUAGUAAAAGUGUGUUAAAUUUUUUUUUUUUAAGAAUUCAUAGUGUAUAAGACUUAAUGGUCUUUGUUGUUGUCUUGGUUUCUUCUAGAUGACCAGAGAAUUGGACAAGCUAUUCGAAAAGCUUGGGAAGGAGGGCAAGCUGGAAUCUGUGGAACCUGCUGAGGUAUAAUAAUAGGCCUUACAGUGUUUAUAAUACAGUAAAAACCUGUAUAAAAGAACACAAGUUUUAGACUGGGGUUCAGGGGGUUCAGGCUGAUUUUGUUCUUAUAUAUAUUAUUAGGUUUUUUUCUGCAAAAUUAGCCUGAAAAUGUUCUUAAGGUGUUCUUAAAAAUUGCUUCUUAAAAUUAAUUACUGCACAGACUACCAACAGAUGAAAUCAAUGUGCAAACGUAACAUUUUAAUUAAUUAAUGGAUGGAACUAACCUUAACUGCAUUAAUCAAGGCAAUGUAAUACAUUGAAGGAGGGCUAACAGAUCUGAUGUUAACCAACUCGAAACUCAGCAAUAUUCAGGCAAAUUCAAAAUGCACCAGCUCCCCUUCCCUCUUUCCAGUACUUUACCUUUAAAGUACUGUACCCUUGUACUGUACACUAGUUGAUUAUCCUAAUCUAACUGGCAGCCAAUUUUCUUCUACAAGAACAAUUUUCAUUUUUCAGGUUGAAUGUGUUCUUAAGUAUAUGUUACUUUUUAGACCAAAUUUCAUCCUGAGUGUUCUUAAUCCACUUGUUCUCUUAUGUGGGCUUUUACUGUAUUACCAGUAUUUUGAAUUGAUUUUUAAUUUGUGUAAUGGUAAAUUGAAGCUUUAGUACCAAAUUUAACUUUGUUCUUCUGCCUUAUUUGCUAGCACUGCAAAUUAUUUGAUGUACAUGUGUACUUAAUAUUACAAUGAACAGAGAAUGGUUUUUCCUUCAAAGCUAAACUGGGGAAAUUUUUUAGGCCAUAAAAUCUGUGUUAUUCCCGCAUCAGAAGCAAGCUCUGGCUUGGAUGAUUGCUCGAGAGAAUUGCAAAGAUCUUCUGCCCUUCUGGAAAGAAAGAACUGUUGGGGGCAGGAAAGAAUAUUUCAAUACAGCCACUAACUAUGCAACAGGAACACGGCCCAAAUGUGUGCUUGGAGGGAUUCUAGCUGAUGAUAUGGGACUUGGGAAGACUCUGGAAGUCAUUUCACUUAUUGUCACAAAUUUUUAUGAUGGAAAACCACUGGUUACUUUGGCAAAUAGGAAACCCACUGUGACAAAUGCAUCCAAGGUGAUUAUGCGAAUAUGUCAUAAUAUUAAGAAAAUUCAGAGUUUUAGGUUAUUGCAACUUUCCUUAGUUGCUACACCUGUGAACUCACUUGAAAAGUGCAUUGAAAAGUGCAUUGAAAAGUUUCAAACUAAACCUAUCAAUAGUUUAUCACCUAGCAAUUUUAACACCUAAGCAAUCUUUUCUGGACUUGUACUGAGUUAGUGAUAAUGAGUUAAUUUGUGACUGGCUGCUCGAGGCAAACAGAUAGAGGCAAUUGGAACUUUGGAAGAGGUGAAGAAAAACUAGAUGGCCCCAAAUUCAGAAAUUCUGCUUCCCCUCCAUUGCGACAGGAAGUCUAAAACAUGGGCUAUUUAUAUGUGUACCAUCUUUUGACAGCAAAGGAUACAAUUAAAAAAAGGAACAAGGCAAAGGGUAAAGGGAAAGAGGAGGAAUGAAGAAGAAUUUCUGAAAGAUGAGUAUGAUGAGGAAAUUGUUGAGGUCAUGGAUAAGGAUAACGGUGAAAUUGCUGAAGAAGAUGAUAAGGAUGAUGAUGAAGAAUACUUAGUUGAUGUGCCAUUUAACAUGGCCAGUAAAGAAGAUCCGAACUUCAGUCCUGGUAUAGAUUCUUUGAAGAAGGCUUGUAGCUCUCAACCAAUCAGGAGAUCAUCAAGGUGAGUACUUUCUUCAUAUCAACCCCUCCACUCACAAGAUCUCAAUAGUGAUUCUCUCCACUGGCUAUAAAAUUCUUAUGACAUUAGUUCAAAUAAUUUAGUAUAGGAUCAGCUAAUAAUCCUCUAGGUGAUAUUUUCCUUCAUUCUCAUUACUUGUCCUGCUUGAUAUUGCAUUGAUAUUGUAAAGAGAAUUUCUGUCCUGGUCACUCAUAAAAGUUAAACAAUUAAUCCUUUCACUCCCAAGAUCAAUCAGAAGUAAUACUCCUUACUGUCUGCUAUACAAUUCUUAUGAUGUUAGUUUGGAGAAUUUGAUAUUGGAUCAGCUAAUAACCCCUAAUUUAUACUUUCCUCUAUUCUCAUCACUUGUGUGCUUGAUAUUGUAUGAAUGAUGAAAGGAGAAAUUCUGUCUUGGUCACUCAUAGAAACAGUUAACCCUUUAACUCCUAAGAUUUCAUUUAGUAACUCUUUUUACUGUCUGCUUUACAAUUCAGGUGAUGCUAGUUUGGAGAAUUUGGAAUUUGAUUAACCAAUAAUCCCCCAAUUAAUAUUUUUUCUUUAUUCUCAUUAUUUGUCUGCUUGAUGUCAUACUGAUAGUGUAAGGUGAAAUUCUGCCUAGAUCACUAGUGGGACUUAAAGGGUUAAUGGAUUUUAGUGGCUCCUUCCUAUACCUUUCACUACAUUGCAUAGUAAUUUAUUAUUGUGAUAAUUUAUUAACACGGAUGUGGAUUGUUGCCGAUGGUGUACAGGGUAGUGAGGAAUCUGGAAAGAUCAGCAGUAUUUUAAAAUCAGUUUACUGUGAGGAUGUUCAUUAACUUUAGCUGUAAUGUUCUUAUUUCCAGCCACUUUGUGAAGAUCAAUUUGUCAUUUGUUAUUGCCAAAUUUAUGUUAAAUAAGUAAUUUUAUUAAUAUCAAGAACCAACAAGAGACCAGUGCGGUAUGUUGAAGCUGAAGUGUCCAGUGAGGAAGAGGACAGUGAUGCUUUGCAGGUUGCCCAAGAUACAAGCAGUGACAUAGACAAGGCUGCACCAAUUCCCUCUUCAGGAAAGAAACCAAGAAAAGUUUUAAAUGAAGAUGAAAAGAUGGAAUACACUCAUACCAAAGAAGAUCAAACAAUACCAAAAAGCAGCAGGAAAAAAACAGCCGGGAAAGAUGCCAAGAAAAAGGUGAAGAGUAACAAGAAAGCAGGGAAAAAAGGUGAAUGAGUCAGCAGGAAGGUUAAUAUUUUAUGAAAAUGAAAUAUAAAUAAUUACAGAUAAGAUUACAAAUGAAAGUGAAAUGGAGGUUAAACUAUAUCACAGGUAUUUGAAAUGACUUAAAGGAAUUGGCUUUUAAAGGUUAAUGUACUGUUACUCCUUCAUAGAGACUUAAGGCCUGCCAAUAUUACAAGAGCAUAUCAGAGAAGGUCAAAGUCUGUUGGAAUUUAUUUACAAUGCAAAUUGUUACUGACAUCAUUUCCUAAACUGACUGGUGUCACUGACAAAAUGAAUGUAUAUUCAUUUGUCUAAUAACCAAGAUGACUUGACACACCAACCUCAGAGCCAGACAUCAUGCAUAGACAUGCAGUUCCUGUCGGCACUGAAAGAAAAUACUGUUCAAUGUCAAGAUGAGCUACCAUGUUAUAUUUGUGCUUCUGAAAUAUUUACACUUAUUUAGUUCAAAAUAUGCCAAGAACGGUGACUGAUGUGGACCAAACUAUUGCUACAAUCAACAAUCCUCCCCUACCAUCUCUUCCACAAGAUUUGGCAUCAACCUCUAAAGAGAAACCAACAGGUUUGUUUUUAAAGAUGUCUACUCUCAUUAUGAGCUUACAGGAUAAUGUAUUGAUAUUGUGGGGAGAGGUACCAACAAUACUUGUUGAUAACUCUAACAGAUGGUUGCACUUUUGUCAGCUUUAAGUACAUGUAGCAGUGUUGUGCAGCAGUUUCCAGCAGUGUCACCUGAUCCUGCUGUGGCAGGGUCGACAAAGUUGAGCAGACAAGAGACUGCAAAGAUGGGACCAAGACCAACUUUGGUUAUCUGCCCAUUGUCUGUGCUAAGCAACUGGCAGGUAUUCAUACUUUCUGUGCCUUUGCCGCUAAGGGAUAAUUAUGAUAUGCAGUGAAGCCUUUCAUUAUCUCAAACCACUGCAAUGUAAAAUAAGCUGUGAUACCUAGACAAAGAUGUGGCAGCUUCCCCACUUGGAAUCAAAAGCUAGACUAAAAUUAUUUGAAACGACAGGAUUGCAUAUUAUUACUUUGGGCUUAUGUUUUUCGAGAGAUAAUUAACCACAAAAAAAAUUUCAAUGUUUUCUGAAUCAAAAUUGGGAACCUCCCCCUUCAUGAAAAUCUCUGGAUCCGCCUCUGUUGCUAAACGUAUACUAAAGAUGAAGCUUAACAAUUGGUGCAUUGUUCUAUCUUCAGUAUCAGUUUGACAAUCAUGUCCAUGUGGGACUGUUGAAUGUGUAUACUUACUAUGGCUCUGAGCGCACAAAGGAUCAAAACUUGCUAGCUGAACAAGAUGUUGUUCUAACUACCUACCAGACGUUAUCUUCUGAAUUCUCCAAGGUAACAUAUUCUUUUCAGUAGCUGCACAAUUAGUGCAGUGGGAUAAGAGCUUGUGCUCUCAUCAUCUUCCAGUUACAUUUUCAGUUGUGAUCCUACCCAGCCUUGUUUGUAAAAACUCACGUAUUUUCACUUCAUUUCACAGAAAACGUCUGCGCUUAUUGACACACUAUGGCUCAGAGUUGUUCUCGACGAAGGGCAUGUGAUCAGGAACCCCAAUGCCUUGAUGUCAAAAGCAGUCCUUGCCCUGAAGAGUGAACGCCGAUGGGUUAUAACAGGGACGCCAAUCCAGAACUCUGUGAAGGACAUGUUCUCAAUUAUAAGCUUUCUAAAGCUGGAGCCAUUCACAGACAGACAGUGGUGGAGACGAACAAUGGAGAGACCGAUCAGUGAAGGUGAUCAGAGUGCGUUGAGGUAUUGAAAAAACGCGGAACGUUUUAUUGCGACUAUUCAAUGUUUUUUUGGAUGCGAGUUAUGUCGAAAAUAGGGCGGUGGCUUACUGAUGUAGUUCCCGAAAAAUGACGUGGUACAGCAAAUAUCGAUCAUCAGGCUACUGUUUUGCGAGAGCGCAAUCGGAUGAAAACAACCGUUUCUCGAGUAAAAGUUGAAAAGAAAACGGAAGCCAAAUAGAUCAAAUCAAACCACGCAAAUUUUAUUUUGGUUUCUGGGAAGUUUACUUGUAUACCUCAAUUUCCUGUUCUCGGGGUAGUUUUCUUGACGGGUGUUCAAACAUUUGGCAUUUGGGCACGUGUGGUUCGGAUCUUACGUCGAAGAACCUACACUAAAGCAAUCGCGAAAGAUCAGUUAGAAACAUCGUUCACGUGCUCACUAAAAGACCAGGGUAUGGAACUCACGAUGAUGUGGUGUUGCCUUGUUUCCUAAAUCUUGGGCAUCUGCAAAAAUUUUCUACCCUUUGUAAACUGCUUCUUGAAGUCUAAUCAAAGACCUCUGCACAGUGUCUUAGAGCGCAUCAGAACAUCGGGAAAUGCACAAUCGAAAAUCCAUAUUUUCAAACUUUUUUGUUUUUUGUUGAAAGCCGGUUGCAGUCACUAAUGGGAAGUAUUGCACUGAGGCGCACUAAGACACAACAAGUGAAUGGAAAACCGCUGGUGGAACUACCAGACAGACAAGUGUUUGUGCAGCCUGUGGAGUUAUCACUUGAGGAGAGAAAGCUGUACGAUUCCAUGGCUAGAGAGGGAAAACUUGUUAUUGGCAAGUAAGUGGCUUAAAAAUUGUAGACUUUUCGUGGAUUACUGUUCAUUUGUGAACGUGAAUGAACUGUGUACCAGCGCCCUACCAUAAGGAGACUGGGUUAAGGUUCGUAAUGAUUGCGAAGGUUUGUGAGCGAAUUAAGAAGAACUGUUAAACUUCCAUCUCCUAUAGUUAUCCAGCAGCGCCAUUAUAAUUUUGUCCCACUGGUGCUCGCAGUUGGAGUUUGAACACAGAACUGAUUUCAACCGAAGUCUUUACUAUUAUUAUGUUUUUCUAGAUAUUUCAGGACUGGAAAUGUACUUCAGAAUUAUGCUGAUGUGUUGGCGAUUCUUAUGCGGCUCAGACAGCUUUGUUGUCACCCUAAGCUUUGCGCUACAGCGCCUGCGCUGACCUCAAAAGAAGGUAAGCACCGUGAUUCUCAAGUGUCCUAGAACUUGUAUCAUGAACUUGAACCUCCGUUUAUAUUACUGGCAGCAUGUAGAUUCUGUGAAACAUAAUCGGUACUUGAGUAGUUAUGUGCGUUACUAAGAAGCGCAUGAACCAUCAUUGUUUUCAAUGUUUACAGAAGGUCGAGGAUUAAGUCUGCAUACAACACUGACUCCGGUUUCCUCAAGAUUAACAACUUAAUCCUGAAGAGUGAUUGGGAUCUAAUUUCUCCUUAUAGUAUCGCUGCUGCGUCAAACAUUAUGGUCAUGGGAAUAAGGAAGAUGAUCGCAAACUUAAGAAGUUCAUGAUUGUCAAACAAAUUCUCCUUGUCGGUGCCUUAGAAAAUGUCUAAAGAGCAGUCUGAAGAAUAAACAUAUUGAGUAAGGGUGAAAGGGUUAAGCGACCAGGAGUGUUGCUACUCCUCGUGGAUGAGAUGCUAGUUUAUUGCGGGAUAACCCCCUUUACCCGCCCCCCCCCCCCAGCAUUCCGCUUGUUUCCGCUAGUUUCCCUCUGGUGCCCCUUCAUAACCCCCGGCAGAGUUAUGCACUGCUAUAGUUGCGUCUUUUCCAAUCACUCUGACCUACUUGUUGCAUCCUCAAGGCUGCUCCACACCGGAGGAACUCCGCCAGAAGCUGGUAUCCACCCUUGUCACUCUCCUGAGCUCAGGGGCUGAUGAGGAGUGUCCCGUGUGUCUGGACUCACUCUCAACCCCAGUGAUAACCCACUGUGCCCAUGUCUUUUGCCGGCGAUGCAUAGAAGAUGUGAUCAAGACGACAGCCGUGAACCCUCGUUGUCCUCUUUGCCGCGGUAACAUUAGCCAGGAUGUGUUGGUAGAAGUCCCACCCGAGACAGAGGAUGCAGAUGAAAUUGACGGGUCUGAAGAGUGGCACUCCAGUUCAAAGGUUUCAUAACGCCUUUGUCAUUUGCCAAGCUUAUUCGCACAAGAUGACGGAAGAAGGGCCAUGAUAUAUACGUUUUUCAUUUUUCUCGUUUUCACGGGCCUUACCUUUGUCUCUGUUCAUAAACUCGACUCUGACAAUAAUUCGGCCAUCUUCAUAGAGCAAGUUUAUCAGUAAAGGAUUUAUUAUGUGGCCAAAAGAUCACACUUAAGUAUUUGCUAUUUUACUUUUUGCUUUUAACCAUUGUUUGGACUCCCCUAAAGACCCAAGUUUUUAGUGUUUUGUGACUCCAUUGCUGUAUAAACAGCCGGAAAACUUCUCUCUCCUCCAAGAGGGCAAAUCGUACAACAGAAUUUGAUUCAUCUUACCCACUCUCGCAGUUUUCUACAUGGUAUGUGUUUGUUUCAUUCAGAUUGACACACUGAUGUCUCUCCUGACAAAGCUCAGAAAAGAAGAUCCCUCAGUGAAAAGUCUGGUCAUCUCUCAGUUCACGUCCCUGCUAAACAUCGUCGAGACGCCACUGAAAGCAGAAGGGUUUAACUUUGUUCGAUUGGAUGGCAAGAUGUCGCAGAAGAAAAGAUCUGAAGUGAUAGAAUUAUUUGAUGACCGAGGUCCUGACUCACCUACAGUGAUGCUGCUGUCGCUGAAGGCUGGAGGUGUUGGACUGAACCUGACGGCAGCUUCCAGAGUUUUCCUUCUUGACCCUGUAUGUUGACCCUUUAAACUCAGUAUUUGAUCAGUAAUUCUCCUUCUCACUGCUGUGAAGUUCUUACUAGUAAUGAUAGUAAUGACAAUAAUCAUAACAAUAAUCGUAAUAAUAAUAAUAAUCAUAAUAGUAAUCACAAUAGUCAUCAUCAUCAUUAUCAUCAUCAUUUAUAUAGCACUUUUUCCUUAAAAGUCCAAAAGCGCUUUACACAGUGUGCGUAGUAAAAUAAAAUUAUAAAGCUUAAGACAAAAUUUAUAAGCACAUCAGUAGCAUAAAAUUAAAUGUAAAAUAUUGAAAUACAAUUAGUAGCUAUAAAAAAUUGUCAUACGCCUGUCGAAAAAGAUGCGUUUUUCAACUGUUUUUGAUAAAUUAGUGUAGGGAAGUUGGUGUUGUAUCAAGGUAACACUACCCAGCUGAUAUGCGUGUCUGGUUACAUUGGCUGUUUGGUGGAUAAAUUUUACACUAGUUUUCCGGUGUUCUAUUGCAUUUUUUUUUCCACCUGAGAAUUUGUGUUUUCUCUAUGCCGUGCAUGACAUUGAAGGAACAAAACGUUUUAUUGAGAUACAAACGAAUGUCAGUGUCGAUAAUUCUACUUCUAUCCCUGGCACUCCCUACCUACUUGAAUACCUGGCUAAGUUGAAUUCUUAUCAAUGUUCAGGCUUGGAAUCCUGCAGCUGAGGAUCAGUGUUUCGACAGAUGCCACAGAUUAGGACAGACCGAGGAUGUUAUAGUAACUAAGGUAAAUGAAGAGGCUACUUUGUCGGUUAGUUAUUCAGUUUGUCUUUCAGGGCAGUAAGAGAGUCUGGCUGUCUAUCAGUAUGAACAAAAAUCUAAGACGUUACUCUGAUUUAGAAAUCUACCACUUGCGAGAUUAUCUCCUGAAGAUAGGAAUAGCCGAAAAAGCAGUCUUUUUUUUUUUGUUAACCCAAGCUGGAGAAUGGUGAACCAAGCGAGGACAUGGAGUAAAAGCGAGCUAAAUAAGCGUUGAGAUGGUCGGAGACUGCCUUAUCCAUAGUCCGAGGCAAUCAUCUAAGAAUUGUUAGUCCUUAGAAAAGUAAGGGGGGGAAGGGGGUUAACAGAGUUAUGGGAAGGAGAGAAAAGGCCGUAUUAAAUACUUUUCCUUCCACCUUCUUCCACUCGCACUCUGCGCUUUGCCGUGAGCAUCUCAAAUUUGUCAGCAUGCUCUCUCUGCAAACUUAUCUCCUCCUCCUCGCCGUUGUAAAGUGUUUACCCCAUUUAGCUCGGAAAACCUCUGGAGGGGGCGGAUUGAAGGAACCGCUCUUAUCAUUUGCUGGAUUUUCUUCUAUUCUUCCGAGCAACUUCCGGUUGGCUAGAAAGACACAAAAAAGACUGCCACACAGGCUCGUGAUUAAGUAGUUUCCAUAAUAUUGUCCAUGUUGUGACAAAUGUAAAUCCCUCUUAAUAACAAACAUCUAACGCACUCUCUUGUUUAUGUUAUGUCUUCAAGUUCGUUGUGAAAGACUCUGUGGAAGAACGUAUGCUUGAACUUCAGAAGAAAAAGAGGGAAUUGAUGGCAGGAGCGUUUAAUACCAAAUCAACUGCAGAAGAUAGACGACAACAGAGAAUUCGAGACGUUAGAACACUCAUGGACUUUUAGACUUGACCUGUUCUUUUUAGAUAUUCAUAUCUCUCGUCUUCAUUACGGCCUUACCAUUACUGGUUUACACCUUUGAUAAGAUGAAAAAUCACAUGGAUGGGAUGAGAUAUAAAAACAUUUUCUCUCGUAUGGCACUACGCCUUAGUUAUUUUGUUUUGUUGUUUAACGUCUAAGUAUUCUGUAGCUUGAACCCUACCCAGGUUUGAACCGAACAGAUGAGUCGCCUCGAGUGGAUUUGAGAAGAAUCGUGUUUGUGUUUGACCGAGCAGUACACUUUAACAUAUUUAUUUUACUACAGCUUUUCCUGAAACAAAUUUUCAAGGGUGAAUUAGGUUCAAAUUGUCAGGGACGGACCUACGUAUUUUUUGACUGGGGUUGAAAUUUUGAUCUCGAAGUUACUUUUGAAACUUUGUUUCGUGAAUGGAUUGGCUUGUAGCCUUGCUUAAGGAAAAUCUGGUUUUAAAUCUUCCGCUCGUUCUUGUUACAUUUUAAAGGGUAUGAGAAAUAAUAUUUUGCUUCCGAGUGCCUUUUUCUGUCGGUUAGUUAAUCUGACCAAAGUUUCAGUUGAUUUAAAAAAAUAUACGUAUUUUGAUCGUUGUUAAAAAGUUUUGUGAUCGACUAGAGAUGUAAAGAAAUUUUUUCUAUCUUAUAGAAUAUGAUAUUUGCAAAAGUGUCCAGCAUCGACUUGAUAUGCUCUUUAUUUCACCGAAUUCAUAGUGGUCACAUCAGACUUAGUAUAAAAAUUUAUGAAAUAAGAAAUGUUAUUGAUAC